AUGUCUUCCCACGGAAAACCCACCUUCAGUUUAGCCCAGUAUCCGGAUUUGCCAGCCAACUACCGGCUCGAGCAGCUUUUGGGCGAAGGCGCCUUCUCAUCCGUGUAUCGGGCCGAGGAUGUGUCGACGGGCGAGAAAGUGGCGGUCAAGAUCAUCAACAAGGAGAACUUGAGCGCCAAACAGUUGGGCAAUAUCCAAAACGAAAUCAACAUCAUGAACACGCUUUCGAACGUGGGCGGCCACCCCAACAUCUUGCACCUCAUCGAGUACUUUGACACGCCGGACAACUGCUUUUUGGUGCUUGAGAUUUGCGACGGCGGCGAGAUCUUCAACAAGAUCAUCGAGUACACCUACUUCUCGGAGCCGUUGGCCAAGCACGUUUUUUUGCAGCUUCUCGAGGCCAUCUCCUUCUUGCACCGCAACAACAUUGUGCACCGCGACAUCAAGCCCGAGAAUCUCUUGUUCAAGCGCAUUCCGUAUGUUCCCCGGCCCGCCGACGAGUAUAAGGCGGCGCUACGGAAAUCCGACGACAGCACCAAGAAGGACGAGGGCCGUUUCCUGCCCGGCGUCGGCGGCGGCGGCAUCGGAACCAUCAAAUUGGCCGAUUUCGGCUUGGCCAAACAACUCAAGUAUGAUCCGCUGGCGAGCACGCAAAGCAACCUCAAAACGCCCUGCGGAACAGCAGGGUACACGGCGCCGGAGGUGAUCCACUGCGGCGUGGCGAAAAAACGGCGCUUCAAAACGUCGGCGCUGAAAAGUAACUACUACUCGAAAGCCGUGGACAUAUGGUCUCUCGGGUGCUUUUUGUACACGGUACUCUGCGGGUUCCCGCCCUUCUAUGACGACGACCAGGACGUGUUGACGCACAAAAUCCUCACGGCGGACUUUGUGUUUUUGGAGCCGUGGUGGGACGAAAUCAGCGCCGACGCCAAAGACUUGAUUUCGCGCAUGUUGGUGGUCAACCCGAUCAAGCGAAUCACACUUGACGAGAUCUACAGCCAUCCGUGGAUGGCCGACGCCGUGCCGUUGGCGUCGGAAAGCUAUUUCCCCGAGAUGCAGCACGUCAACGCCUCGGUGGAAAUGGUGGAAAACGUGCAAACCGACAGAGCCACGGAUAAGCCCACAGACUCAUCCGUGUCGUCGUUGGAUGCGUUGUCGCAGUCGAUUUCCGAGUUGAGCGUUUCCGGAGCACCCGGACAUGCCACCAGUCCGUUUGGAAGCAAAAACGGCUUGGCGUCGCCGUCGCUUGCCAUCAAGAAAGUUUUCAGCAACCCGGCCAUGUCGCACGUGAACCUCAAGCUGUUGGCGCACUUUAGCCGGGCCGUGGAAAACGUCGAUCCGAUGGAGGUGAAGUUCGAUCCGAAAACGUCGUUUGCGCCGAGCCACAAGUCGCACUUGCCGCGGACGCCCAUGAACGUCAAUUUCCGCAAGGUUUUCAGCGAAAUGGAGCGCGAGGACGAUGAAGACGACAGCGAGGACAGCGAGGACAGUGACGAAGACGAAGACGACGAAGACGAGAGCGAUCUCUACGGCCUGGAGUCGGUAGCUUCGGACGAGGAGCUCGCCUCGGCAAAAGAGGUUCACGACAAGCUCAUGGGCUUGAAGUACCUUUCCAUAUCGUCGCUGUCGUCGACGAACUCGCUGAAGCUGAUAAACGAGGACGACGGCCGCACGCGCUCGUCGUCGGUGAUAUCGGGCAUCAAUGGAGACUACAAAUUUUGUUUGAACAUGAACGAUCUGAACUUGCUCCGAAGACGCUCGUCGGUGAAGAGCGGCCACGCGUGA